AUGACGAGCGAGCACGCCCCGCAGUGUACCGCUUGUCCCUCGGUGUCGGUGAGCGAGCGCGCGCCCGGAUGCAUUCUCCGUCCUCUAACGGAGAGUCCUGUCGCGCACAACAGCAUGUACAUCAAGCUGACGUCUCGCGCGUGGAACAAGUGCGUCGUUCCUCUACUGGACAUUUACGCGGAGCUGAACGGGGAGAAAGAAGUCCCAUACGACUUUGUGAUCCCGUCCGAGGCGCCAUGGGAGCAGAAGGUGUGGGGUGUUCGGCUUGGAUUCAUUGUUGGCUAG